AUGGAGGAAACGCAGGACGUGCGCGGCCUUGGCCUCUCACCGGGGUUCAAGUUCGACCCUGACGACGACGAGCUGGUGGAGCUGUACCUGCUGCGUCGGAUUCUUCGCCAGCCGCUCCCCUUAGAGCGCGUGAUCUGCGAGGAGGACGAUCUGCUGAGCGCGGCGCCAUGGGACCUCCUGGAGAAACACAAGCGGGAGGGCGACGCCUUCUUCUUCGCCAACGGACACACGAAGCACGACAAAGGAAAUCGGCAGAAGCGAACCUGCGUCGACGGGUCUUGGGAAGGGCAGAAGCCCCUCGUGGACGGCGAGAGGCUGCGCGUCCCCGGCAUCGGCGGCACGGAUGAGAUCACCUGGAGGAAAUACAUGCUCAACUUCCACCGCAAAGGCGAGAAAGGUAGCACGGGAUGGGUCAUGCACGAGUACUCCAUCACGGCCCCGGACCAUCUGGCCUCGUCGUCGCAGAGGCUGUACCGUAUCCGGCUCAGUGGACAUGGCAAGAACUCAAGGAGGGAGCGCGGCGAAGACGGUAGCGCGCACGAGACAGCAGAGCCCGACCUCAUCUCUGCGGCCAACCCUGUCUUCCCUGCAGCGGAAGUGGUAGAUGAUGAAGAUGGUGGCAGCGCAUGGCCGGCUACUACGGCGUAUUCAGAUCAAGUCUACGAGUACGAGUACGGUUGGAGCUUUCCAGGUGCGGACGUUGGAGGAUAUGCAUGGCCUGGCGCACCAGGCGUGAUGAAUGAGUACGAUGGUGCAGCAGCGCAAGUGGUGGAUCUUGUAGAUGAUGAAGAUGACGGCAGCGCAAGGCCAGCCGCGACGUCGUGCUCAAAUCAAGUCUACGACUACGGUUGGAGCUUCCCUGACGCGGACGAUGGAGGAUACGCAGGUCCUGGAGCUACAGCAUCACAAGAUCAAGGAGCCCCAAGCAUGAUGAAUGAGUACGGUGGUGCAGCGCCGGCGGUAGAGAUGGUACCGUUUGGUCAAGGAUCAUUCUCCGGCGAUGAGUCGGUCAUGGAUUUUGAGCUGCCGGAUCAGCAGGACUUCAACAUCGACGACGAGUUCACGGAUUUCGAGUUGCCAGAUCAGCUGAACUUCAGUAUCGACGAGUUACUUGGCUUUCUAGCCCCACCUGCUGGUUCGGAGGCACUUAUCCUUGAUCAGUAUUCCAGCGCUGGCGUGCAAACGCAAUCUUCGAUGCCCGCGCAAGGCAUGUCGUUGUAG